CCAUGCGCUCCCGGAGCCUGCUGGCCGCCCUGUGCCUCUUGCUGCUGCCCGUCUCCGCCGCCUACUUCGGCCUGACCGGGAAGGAAGGUCUGACCCAUCUUCCCUCACUGGGCCCCUCUGUGAACCCUGCCCAAGGGAAGGCACACCUGAAGCAGUGUGACUUGCUCAAGCUGUCCCGUAAGCAGAAAAGGCUCUGCCAGCGGGAGCCAGGGUUGGCGGAGACCCUGCGGGAUGCCAUCCGGCUCAGCAUCCUGGAGUGCCAGUACCAGUUCCGCAAUGAGCGCUGGAACUGCAGCCUGGAUGGACGGACCAGCCUCUUGAAGCGAGGUUUUAAGGAAACUGCCUUCCUGUAUGCAGUGUCCUCUGCAGCUCUUACCCACUCCCUGGCCCGGGCGUGCAGCGCUGGACGAAUGGAGCGCUGCACCUGCGAUGACUCUCCAGAUCUGGAGAAUCGUAAGGCCUGGCAAUGGGGAGUGUGUGGCGACAACCUCAAAUACAGUACCAAGUUCCUUAAAAACUUCCUGGGCCAGAAGAAAAUUGGCAAAGACCUGCGGGCUAAGGUGGAUAUCCACAACACGAACGUGGGCAUCAAGGCCGUGAAGAAUGGUCUCAAAACCACGUGCAAGUGCCAUGGUGUCUCAGGCUCCUGUGCCGUGAGGACCUGCUGGAAGCAGCUCUCCCCUUUCCAUGAGACUGGCAAGAUCCUCAAGCUGCGCUAUGAUGAUGCUGUCAAGAUCUUCAGUGCCACAAAUGAUGCUGUGGGGCACUCUGAGCUCGUGGGCACGCAGAGGCACAGCCACUCCCACAGCAGCCCAGCUGCUCCACGCCCCACAGAUCUGGUGUACGUGGAGGACUCUCCUAGCUUUUGCCGGCCCAGCAAAUACUCACUAGGCACUGCUGGAAGGACGUGCUCCCGGGAGGCCAGCUGUGACAGUCUCUGCUGCGGGCGAGGCUACAAUAUCCAGAGCCGGAUGGUCGCCUUCUCUUGCCACUGCCAAGUGCAGUGGUGCUGCUAUGUGGAGUGCCAGCAGUGCAUGCAGGAGGAGGUGAUCUACAGCUGCAAGCAGUAGGGCGGUGUAAGGAAAGAAAUCCAAGCAAAGGACACGAGUGAGCCAGGGCCCCUUUCUGAGGCAAGGCAGAGACAGGUACUGCUGGCUGCAUGGCACUCAGCAGGCUUCGCUCCUUCACCCUCUGCAUGCAGAGGGGCCAUGGCACAGGAUAUGCUGGAUAGUCCUGUAAACCAGGGGUGCGAACAAUGUGCAUUUUAAUGUGGCUAAAUGUCUACAGCUAGGAACAGAGAAUAUAGGCCAUAAAUACAGCCUGGGGGACUGUGUCCUGUGACUCUGAAAAAGAGUCGGGGGUCAUGGUGGAUAAUCGGAUGAACAUAAGCUCCCAGAGUGAUUCUGUGGCCAAAAGAGCUAAUGCGAUUCUGGGAUAAACGGGGGAAUCUUGAGUAGGAAUAGAGUUUAUUUUUCCUCGUAUUUGGCACUUGUGUGCCCAUUGCUGCAAAAGUGUGUCUACUUCUGGGAUCAACAGUUCAAGAAAGGUGUUGAUAAAUUGGAGCGGGUUCAGCAAAGAGCUA